AUGCCCAUCAUUGACAGGCUCCGCGCACUCGCAUUUUCCGCGCGCUCGCCGGGGCUUAUGUCGCUUGCGGGCCACAGUCAAAUACAGGGUGUGCGCACCAGAGUUCCUUUUAAUCGCUCCAGGUUUAUCCGCAAUUAUUGUGCCCGUCAUCAUAUGUGUCAAUUGAACAAUCUUGCCGGCUCUGCGUCUGCUCCUCAUAGAGAGGUGCUUCCCACCAACGUGAAGCCGCUCAAAUAUACUCUUUCUUUCGAACCUGAUUUCACCAAUUUUACCUUUGCUGGUACGGAGACAAUCGAAUUAGCAGUGAAUGACCUGUCGGAUUCCAUCACCCUUAACUCCACCGAGAUCACCAUCCACGAUGCCAAUGUCAGUGAUGUUCCUGUCAAGUCAAUUGACUACGACGAAAAGGGCCAAACUGCCACUUUCCACCUUGCUGACACCUUGACUGAAGGCUCUAUUGUCCAUCUCAACAUCAACUUUUCUGGUAUUCUUAACGAUAAGAUGGCCGGGUUCUACCGCUCAUCAUACAACGACAACGGAACCACCAAAUACUUGGCCACUACCCAGAUGGAACCUACGGAUUGUCGCCGGGCAUUCCCAUCCUUCGAUGAACCAGCAUUGAAGGCCAAGUUUGACAUUUCUUUAAUUGCCGACCGCAAUCUUGUGUGUUUGUCCAACAUGAACGAGAAGUCAACCACGCUCUUGGACCAUGAUCGCAAGAAGGUUACCUUCAACACUACUCCAUUGAUGUCCACUUAUCUUGUCGCAUUUGUUAUCGGAGACUUGAAAUACGUUGAAAACAACUCGUACAGAGUACCCAUCAAAGUCUAUGCCACUCCAGGCUCAGAACAUUUGGGCCAGUAUGCUGCUGACAUCACUGCCAAAACCUUGGUCUUUUUCGACAAAAAGUUCGAUAUUCCUUACCCAUUACCUAAGUGCGACUUGGUGGCUAUUCCAGACUUUUCAGCUGGUGCCAUGGAGAACUUUGGCCUCAUUACAUUCAGAAACGCUGACUUGUUGAUAAAUCCUAAAGAGACAGAUGUCACCAUGUUGACAAGAGUUACCGAGGUGGUGAUGCACGAAUUGGCUCACCAAUGGUUCGGCAAUUUGGUGACUAUGGACUUCUGGGACGGCUUAUGGUUGAACGAAGGUUUCGCAACUUGGAUGUCGUGGUUUGCCUGUAACUCGUUGUACCCCGAAUGGAAGGUUUGGGAGUCCUACGUCAGCGACACAUUGCAAGGUGCUAUGAAUUUGGAUGCUUUGAGAUCGUCUCAUCCAGUCGAAGUUCCUGUUCAGAGAGCUGACCAGAUUAACCAGAUUUUCGACAACAUUUCCUACUCCAAAGGUUCCUCGUUGUUGAAGAUGAUUGCCGACUGGUUGGGUGAAGAUGUGUUCAUCAAGGGUGUCUCCAACUACUUGAAAAAGCACAAGUGGGGCAACACCCAAACCUCUGACUUGUGGGCCUCUUUGAGUGAGGCAAGUGGUGAGGACGUUGUCAAGGUAAUGGAUAUCUGGACCAAGAAGGUGGGCUACCCAAUCAUUGAUGUCAAGGAAGACGGCAAGAAGAUUACUGUCACUCAAAACAGAUACCUCACUUCGGCAGACGUCAAACCCGAGGAAGACGAGGUCUUGUACCCUGUUUUCUUGAAUGUCAAGACAAGCGAAGGCACCGACAGAUCGUUGGUUUUGGACACUAGAAGUAAGACAUUUGACUUGAGCACUUCAGACGAUUUUUUCAAGCUCAACAGUGGUCAAACAGGUAUUUACAGAACAUCUUAUGACCAAACCAGAUGGGCAAAGCUUGGAAAAGCUCCUGAAAAAUUGUCUGUUGAAGAUAGAGUUGGUUUGGUGGCCGAUGCAAGAGCCUUGUCUGUUUCGGGGUACAUUCCAACUACUGACUUGCUCAACUUGGUGAGAUCAUGGACCGACGAGAAAAAUUAUGUUGUGUGGGAUACAAUUUUGGGUAGUGUUAGUUCCGUGAGAAGUGCUUUCAAGAAUGUGUCUGACGAAGUUGAUGAUGCACUCAAAGCCUUCACUCGUGAAUUGAUCAGCAAACAACUUCUCCAAGUAGGAUGGGACUUCAAGGACACUGACUCGUUUACCGAACAACAGCUCAAGCAGUCCCUUUUCUCUUCCGCUUCCGCAGCCGAUCAGGAAGAGGUUGUGGCCGACUGUCAGAAAGCAUUUAAAGACUAUGUCGCUGGAAACAAGAACGCUAUCCACCCCAAUUCAAGAUCGUCUGUUUUCACCGUGGUAGCCAAGAAAGGUGGUAAGGAAGAAUUUGACCAACUUUACAAAAUCUACUUGAACCCUCUGUCAGCCGAAGAAAAGCUUGCUGCUUUGAGAGUUCUCGGUCGGGUACCAGACAAAGAGUUGCGUGCCAAGUUGUUAGACUUGUCUUUGAAGUCUGACGUUAUCAAGCAACAAGACAUGCUCUAUGCCAUGGUAGGAUGCACCGUUGAUAAAGAUGCUGCUUCUCAGUUGUGGCAGUGGUUUACUGUCAACUGGGACAAAAUUUACAAGAUCUUACCCCCAGGUUUGUCGAUGUUGGGUAGCGCCGUUAGCGUUGCCAUUCGUGGUUUGGGUACUGCCUCUGACAAAGAGAACGUGGAAAGUUUUUUCAAAAAUAAGGACACUGCUGGCUUUGACCAGGCAUUGGCGCAAUCUUUAGAAGCCUUGAACAGUAAAAUUGCAUGGGUCGAGAGAGACUCUCAGGCUAUCAAGGAAUGGAUUUCUACAAACGGCUACAAAUAA